GCGCCAGAACGGCUGCUUGCUCCCGGAAGUGGAGGGUCUACAACAGUGCGCCGCUGGGUCUGAGUGACCGAAGUCAGCAGUGCUCGCGGAGUUGGCCAGCUGGUCCCGGAUCACCAUGUCGGCCUUCGACACUAACCCCUUCGCGGACCCGGUGGAUGUAAACCCCUUCCAGGAUCCCUCUGUGACACAGCUGACCAAUGCCCCUCAGGGUGGCCUGGCUGAAUUCAAUCCCUUCUCAGAGACAAAUGCAGCAACAACAGUUCCUGUCACACAACUUCCUGGGCCCUCUCAACCAGCAGUUCUCCAGCCCUCAGUGGAACCAGUGCAGCCAACACCCCAGGCUGUUGCAGCUGCAGCCCAGGCAGGCCUGCUCCGACAGCAGGAAGAACUGGACAGGAAAGCUGCUGAGCUGGAACGCAAGGAACGGGAGUUACAGAACACCGCGGCCAACUUGCAUGUGAGAGACAACAACUGGCCGCCCCUGCCCUCAUGGUGCCCUGUCAAGCCCUGCUUCUAUCAAGACUUCUCCACCGAGAUCCCUGCUGACUACCAGCGGAUAUGCAAGAUGCUCUACUAUCUCUGGAUGUUGCAUUCAGUGACUCUGUUUCUGAACCUGCUUGCGUGCCUGGCCUGGUUCACAAGUGAUGCCGCCAAUGGAACGGCCUUUGGCCUCUCCAUCUUGUGGUUUCUCAUCUUCACCCCCUGUGCCUUCCUCUGUUGGUACCGUCCCAUCUACAAGGCUUUCAGGUCUGACAACUCUUUCAGCUUCUUCGUGUUCUUCUUUGUAUUUUUUUGUCAAAUAGGGAUCUACUUCAUCCAGUUGAUUGGCUUGCCUAACCUGGGGACCAGUGGUUGGCUGGCAGCCCUGUCUACCCUGAAGGAAGGGAUCUCCUUAGCUGUGUCAAUCAUCAUGAUGGUAGUGGCAGGCUUCUUCACCCUCUGUGCCGGGCUCUCACUCUUUCUCCUGCAGCGGGUACACGCCUUCUACCGCCGGACAGGAGCCAGCUUCCAGCAGGCCCAAGAGGAGUUUUCCCAGGGCAUCUUCAGCAACAGAACCUUCCGCAGUGCUGCCUCAUCUGCUGCCCGAGGAACCUUCCAGGGGAAUUAGUCCUCCUGACUCUCCUUCCCUCAGCCCCAGCCUCUUCUGUCACCUGCCUUCUGAGCUGUACUUUAUGUGGGUGCCUUAUGCAGUGGUUUUGCCCAGCACAGACCUGGCAGGCAUCUUGUUGCAUCCCCUGCUUCUUCCUCAGCAGCCAGCUUUCCCUUCUACUUGAAAGAGAGGGAGAAAGGUACAGGAACAUUGUUUUUUUACACAAGAGAAGAGAAAAAUUAACAAAGCUGUCUUUUCUUUUCUGGUGGUGGUUUGGUAGGAUUUUGUCUGGAAGCGGUAGAAUGAAAACUGCCUUCCUGCUAAACACACACUCACACACACACACACACGCACACAUACACAUAAAAUUAUUGGCCAGCCUGGGUUCAUUGUACUAGGAAUUUUAUUUUCCACAGGUAUCCUGGACUCCGCUUCUCCUAGAGCAGGCCAUAUAUGUAUUGGGGUUUAUAGGCAGAGCCUGUGGUGUCCACAGUUAUGCAUUUUCCUGCACAGGCUUCAGUAAGCCUUCCAAGGGCUCUACUUAAGGCAGGCUGUGUUCUGGGUGGGUGGGCAACUGUUCUCCAGAUAACCCUGAAGUAGUCUUCAUGCUUCCAGAGCCUCUGGCCUAACUGUCCCAGCUCUCCUACACCUCAUGCUCCUCACGAAAGAUUCAUGACCCUUUUAUGACCUCUCUGUGCCUUCCUGGUGUGACAGCACCUUGUUCCCUCUGGGGCCUUCCCUAGCCCUUCUCUUCAGGCUUUCUGGAUGUAUAGUGGGGUUGGGUGGGACUUGGGGGUGGGAGGGGCAGAGGACAAUGAAUCAAGUUGUCCUGUCCAGCCUUUUGCCCAGUCUUUAGGAGGGUGGGUGUGACUGUCCAGGUGUGGCUCUGUUUGUUUUGGCUUCCUCUCCUGAGGGACAGCUGCCCUCUGCCUUAGUCUUACUCCUGCCCCAUCAUCAAUAUUUACCUAUUACAAACUCUUGAGGAGAGUUGAAGAAAUCAGUGCAGAACUAUGUCCUGCAGGCAGGACCACUGAGCCAUCUUUCUGAAGGUUCCUCCUGUACCCACAAUAGAGUCUAAGUCCCUUUCUCCUUGCCCUGGGUGCUCCCCAGGUGUGUCACUGCAGUGAUAUCUCGGAGUUCACCAUUGAAGCAUGCACCCUGUGCUGUGGGGGGGCUUUGGGGCUCACCAAGCUGGCCAGCCUCAUGUCUCUGGUAACUGGGGCACUCCUGAGGCAGCCCUUGGGCUGUCGGCCCAUUGGGGCCUAGAGCCAAUGAAUGAUGACAGCCACCAGGGUUUUGUAAACUUUCUGGUAUUAUUUUCUUCCAUGUACAAAUGUAUAUGUCUCAAUUUUUGUGCUUAAAUAAAAAUAAGACGUUUUCUGAUA